AUGCCCAAGCUUUCGUUUCUCAACCAACUGCACCCGCCCCGGGCCAAGGGUGACUCACCAAGCUUGGAGACCGUCCUUCUGCGUCGGCUGGAUCUGGCGGUUGACAUCACCACCCUCUCAUUCCUCCCCUGUAUCGUCCCCGAUGCCUACGGCGACAUCACCAUCUCGUUCAACGGUACGACAGACCCUCCACAGCCCACUUUCCAGCUGGAUCUCGGCAAGCACGAAGGCGACGGCGAUCUAUGGACGGUCUUCUCCGCCAAGCUGACACCCAUCAACGUCUCUGAUGAGAUCCUUCCCUCAUCAAAGAUCCGAGUGGUAGUCAAGAUGGCGCGUCCAGGUCUGCACCGUGAUGCACUGUACAUGGAGUCUGAGUGGGCGCGCGACGAGGCGUACCUCUACGUCUGCCCUCUGGCGCAGCAUGGUCUGGUCGGCUCAGUCGUACCUUCCUUCUACGGUCUUUGGCGCGCCGUCAUUCCAGGAACCACCGACGAGCUGCUCAUUUCGAUUCUCAAGCAGGUCGGCUGUCCAGUGAGCGACCAAUGGUCCAUGAUUGGCCAAUACUGGCUGCCUCACAUCGAAGAGCUGUACCGUCGGCUUCACGCGACCGGUCUUAUUCACGGCGAGCUGCAAGUCCGACAUGUCCGACACCGCCUCAACACCGACGCGCUGUGUCUCAUCGACUUUGAUCGCGCGUGCGCGAUGGAUGAAGGGGUACGAGAGGCUGAAUGGUUCCAACUCAUGGACCGUCUGGAACCUGUCCGGCCGACGAGUGACGAGGAGGAAGACUGGGACUGUGAAGAAAAGGAGGAGGAAGGGUACACCUCGUGGUAUGGCCACCUGUUACCUGGCGCGCGCGAGACCACGGCAGGUACUACCACGGAGGACGAAGACUCCAGAGCCCAGUUGGAUCAGUGGGAUCAGUGGCUCUACCUCCAGCGGUUCGGCUUUGGGGUCGACUUGCGGUGUCUCAAGCUUGAGAGCUGGGGCUCUCGGGAUGGUCUCGAAGUGAGCUUUGACCGACGCGCGCGACUCGCCGGCAAGCACCACUUGGUGUGCAUCGACCAAGCGUGCGGCAGGGGCCAUCUGUGGACAGCUUACAGGGCCUCCAUGUCAACUCGAACGCCAGUGUCCAGCUCUGGAGAUAUCGUUCGUUUCACAAGAGCACCUGAGAUCCCCGUCGUGGUCAAGAUCACCUACCCCGAGUGCUUUCCGGAACCGACGCACCGCAGCUCUGGUGACGACAACUCGAACCAGUUCUGCCCUUCAGACUCCGACCUCGACUGUGACGAAGCGAACGAGCUGGUUAAGAAGGAGGCCGAGUUAUACUUUGGCCCAUUGGCUCCCCUGAUGGGAACCGUUGUUCCGACCUUUUACGGCCUUUGCAUCUCAUCUAUUAUGACGACAUCCCCCACUGACGCUGCAACCUCGCUGCCAACAACACCUCCCAUUGUUACACCUCCGACCUCUACCGACCUCACCCCCGUUGUGGCUCCCUCGACUCUGGUAUCGACCCCCGACUCGACCCCCGUCGUGACCUCCAACCCGCCCCCCAUCGUGACCCCCAUUACGCCUACGCCAAUCGUCUCGACCCCCGUCUCGACCCCCGACUCGACCGCUGUUUCAACCCCCGUCCCGACCCCCGUCUUGACCCCCGUUGCGCCUACGACACCCGCUGUGGGUACUGGUCCGAAUACCGAUGUUGCCACAAUCGCGACCCCGAUCUCUGACGUCACGAAUUCACCAACCGGUGCCAUUGUUCCAACUGGCUCCGUUGUUCCACCUAUCAGCAUUGUGGGAACGCCCACAACUCAAGGUGGCACUGGCUCAGAAUCAGGUAUAUCUCGCACCAAUAACGGUGCCGGUGGUGGCAUCACCCAAGAACCAGCGAGCACGAGCCCUGCCGACCUCUCGACCUUGUCUGGUGCUGGAGGCGGCGUCACCCAACAACCAACCGUCGCUGGAAGCGAUCCCGUCACACAGCAGCCAGCGUCUGUUGUAUCCGAUCCUCCGCUUUCUUCCUUCCCAUUUGACCCCAACACUGUUGCCAACACGGGCGAUGCUGUCGCAUCGAGCUCGCCAUCUCCUGCAGGUGGAACAACUCCCGGCGGCGGCCAAGUGGUCUCUGUUGGAGACGGCGCCGCUGCUUCCACGCCUGUUGGAGGCGACGGUGUUCCCUCUACUACACCGGUUGGAGGAGGCGGUGUGGCUUCUACGCCUGUUGCCGGGGUGACCACGCCAGGCAACAACAAUGGGGGAGGCGGGGGAGCUGCCACAACUGCGAACGGAGGAGCUGCCACGCCUGCAAAUGGUGGUGCUGCUGCAACGCCGGCACCCCCCAUCACCUAUACUCAAGUCGUCACCAAUGCCUACACGAGUACACAACCAAACGGCCAGGUCGUUACUGGCGCGAACGUGGCCACAGCCAUCGUGGUUGUGACUGCCAGCGCCGCACAGACUGUCGCAGGUGGCGGCGGAGUGGCCCUCGUAACCCUUACCGCAACCGACCCCACGGCGACUGCUGGGACGGCCGAAAUAGUCGUCGUCACCCUUACAGGUUCGUCCGUGGACGCCAAUGGCAACACUGUGCUCGAGACGUUCACGUCUCACGUUGCUCUCACCCUCGUUCCCGGAGCGACAGCGAUAACGACCGACAGCCGAGGCGCACUGCAGUCGUCCUCAGAAGUCACCGCGAGUACAUUUUACUCCUGGGUACUUAUGGCUGCCGCAGGAGCGCUCGGCUUCCUCAUGAUGCUUGCUUGA